CGCCCGGGGUUGGGACACGGACAGGAUGGGAGGGUGAGCAGGAGGAUGAUGGUGGUGGUGGUGGGCGUUGCAUCACGCGCCUCCUGCGGUCUAGGAACACUCCCUAGCCAUCUCGCUAGCCCACCAUACCUCCUCGCUAGCGAGCCCACCAUACCUCCACCUGCUCGAUGCAAUACGGGGCCAUACACACAGCGGCGCCUGCCUGACCUCAUCUCGAAACACCAACAGCUCUCCAGUCCAGAAGCCCCGCGUGACUUUCAAGCUGCCGCUCAGGAUGGCAUCACCGCUCGUGGCCUUGCUUCUUGCCGGCGCGCUGGUUGCCUCCUCCUCCUCGUCCUCCUCCUCGUCCUCCUCCUCCGGCUGGGCGUCAGCCGCCGCUGCGGUGCCAUUCCGACAGUCCCAGAUGUUUGACUUCAUGGCCGGCGGCAGCGGUGCGGUGGACGUGGAGGGCUCGGGGGAAAUCAUCGCCGUCGCGCCCAGCGGGUCGGCUCGGCCACUCCCGACUCCGCGUCCGCCCCCCCGCGCCGCGCACUCGUGUCCCUUCGGCUGCCAGUGCAACCACAAAGUUGUGCAGUGCUCCGACCUCGGACUCCGCGACGUGCCCAGCAACAUUCCGCUGGACACCACGCUGCUCGAUCUGCAGGGCAACAAGCUGACCGAGAUCAAAGAAGACGCCUUCAAGAAUCAGGCCAAGCUGCACGUUCUCAUCCUGGCGAACAACAAGAUCUCCAAGAUCCACCCGAAGGCGUUUGUGCCCCUGGUGAGCCUCGACCGCCUGUAUCUGUCAAAGAACCAACUCGAGGAGGUUCCGCCCAACUUGCCCAAACACCUCACCGAGCUGCGCCUCUACGAGAACCGCAUUUCCAAGGUGCCCAGGGAGAUCUUUUACGGACUCAAGCGUCUGAACGCGAUAGAGAUGGGAAACAAUCCUCUGCAGAACAGCGGAAUCGACGUCGGCUCCUUCAAGGGAUUGGAUCGCCUCACCUACAUCCGUCUGUCUGAGAGCGAGCUCAGCGCCAUCCCCAAAGGGCUACCGGCCUCCCUCAACGAGCUCCACUUGGACGGCAACAAGAUCACCGACAUCGGGGACAGCGACCUCAAGGGCCUGGACCACCUCACCAGGCUCGGUCUCAGCCACAACAAGAUAAGUUCCGUCAAGGAGGGGAGUCUAACCCACGUCAGCGGCCUCCUUGAACUGCACCUGGAUUCAAAUCAGCUGACCCGUGUGCCGCCGGGCCUGGCCGAUCUCAAGUUCAUCAUGGCCGUGUACCUGCAUGAGAACAAGAUCUCCGUGGUGGAGCCGGACGACUUCUGCGGAAAGGGUCACAGUCCCAAGAAGUCUCUGUACAGCGCCAUCAGCCUGUACCGGAACCCGGUUAACUACUGGGACAUCCAGCCGCUCGCCUUCCGCUGCGUGACGAGCCGCGUCGCCGUGCAGCUUGGCAACUACCGCAAGUAGAGAACUGCGGCCCUGCGGCCCGGCGACCUCCAUGACCUCUUUGACCUCCGUGACCUCGUCAGCGGCGAGCCUCCAACCCCUGUCGGCCACAGCAGUGAAGCCACCUGUUGCGUCGCGUCGUUUAGUGCGCUGACCGUCGCUCCAAAGCGCUUUCGGUGGGGGGGGGGGGUUGUUCGGCACGAUUCCCGACGUUUGCGCUGCUCAAUCCGCGAGCCUCUCCAUGGAGCUGCGUGGGGAGCGAAACGUCGGACGUCGUGUGGCCAACGGCGGGCGGCACGAUCCGAAAGCACAUCGGAGAGCCGUAGGGCAGCACAACCGCCGCGGGCACCCACGCAGCAAGGUUAUUGUCAUUAUCUCUUCACGAGCAAAUGGAUCAGCAGGCCUGCACUGCAGCAUUCAUAAUUUGCUACUUCCAUAUCGCCGAUAGUGGGAACUCAUUAGUGUAGAGUGUAGACUCUUUAGCGUGGUGACAUUCUCAGUUGUCGCGUAGAGCUAAGAAAGUCGCCAUCCUGUCCCCAUUACAACAAAUGAAAUGUAUUGCAGUGAAACGGUGAUAUACGAGUAACUUUAGAGCAAACGAUUAACAUUGACCAUAUCACGUGGAUUAGUUUGGCGUAUGGUGAGUGCGACUUUUGGCUGCAGGGAUAAAGACUUGUGGAGAAUUUGCUUGAAUAAAAUAUACAAAUUUUACUUUAGUUAGGGACCCAUUCUUUUUAUAUUAUCAGGAGUGUAUUUCAGCUAUCCUUUUUUAAACUUGACAAGCCACUGGACCGAGAGGCAAUUCAGAAUUUAUUUUAAGGUUAGGCCCACGUAACGAUCUGGCCAAAUAUUCUCGUGAAACCCUCCACCACCCGACACAGCCAAACAAAUUAAAUUGUCGCGUGUGACAAGCGUUUACCGAAGCACCAACUAAAAUCGUUAUGGCUUGCCGUUAAGUCUCGUGCAAUAUUUGGCGAGAUCGUCGAGUACACACACACAUACACACGUCCCUCUUAAAGCGGCCCGCAUAUACAAGAAGGGGACGUUAGGCAAACAGGGCCCCGUGCUGCGAGGCCAUCACCGAUCACGGGCUCUCUCGGGCAAUGUCAUCCGCCUGCAUUUCAUCCUCGCCAUUGUUAUCGUGGCUUUGUGGCAAAUGGCUCGCGCGUUGCAAAGUGUAGCCAAACAAAAGCACCAAUAGCACGCUGCUUGCAUGCGCACUUGCGUGUUUGCAAUAUUAACAGUGUCACAAUAAGCAGCGUGAGGAUUGCAUUGUUAUUAACUCGGCCAAACAAAUUACAUUCUCACGCGUGACAAACGCUCACAUCGUUUUGGCCCGCCGUUAAGCCUCAAGGCGAGAUUUGGCGAGACUAUUAAGCGGCGAUCUCAACCAAAAAUCAUGGCCGUGGCUGCGAGAAAGCAUCACGCAUCAAGAGGAAACAAGAGAUAAGGGGGAACACGCCAGCCAGAUCGACAGAAUGGGGCCGUGCAUGCUCGCCACAGUCUCGCCGGAGGGAGGCCACAAGCCGGUCCCAUGGUCACAACGCGACGCACUGGGACGCCAGUCAUGUGGACGUUGCCAUCUUCUUCCAGCCGAACCUGGCCAGCCCCUGGACAUCUGGGUCCUAACCCGAAUGUUCAACAUUGUCACGUAAAACUAAAUAAACGGUUUUGUUGAGUUUAUAUUUGAGUUAAGAGCGGCUUCUUUUGACGUUUGUCAUUUAUAUUCGCAUUUAACUACUG